GCCUGAAAGCACCACUAUGGGAGGGUCUUGUGAGGAACAGUUCGGCCGCUUACUCGACCCCUCACUCUGAUUACAGCUGCUUCCAGGGAAAGGACGCAGCGGGAGGGAAAUACGGAGGUCUUUGCAAUUUGAAAGCAUCCUGUGGGAAAGAUGGCAGCCAUCAGGAAGAAGUUGGUGAUAGUUGGGGAUGGUGCAUGUGGGAAGACCUGUUUGCUCAUCGUCUUCAGUAAGGACCAGUUCCCAGAGGUCUACGUCCCCACUGUGUUCGAAAACUACAUCGCUGACAUUGAAGUGGAUGGCAAACAGGUGGAGUUAGCGUUGUGGGACACAGCAGGUCAGGAAGACUAUGACAGGCUGAGGCCUCUCUCGUACCCCGACACAGAUGUCAUCCUCAUGUGCUUCUCCAUAGACAGCCCCGACAGUUUAGAGAACAUUCCCGAGAAAUGGACGCCUGAAGUGAAACACUUUUGUCCCAACGUCCCUAUUAUUCUUGUGGGUAACAAGAAAGACCUCAGGAAUGAUGAACACACACGCAGGGAGCUGGCCAAGAUGAAACAGGAGCCGGUGAAGUCUGAGGAGGGCAGAGACAUGGCCAACCGCAUCAGUGCCUUUGGCUACCUGGAGUGCUCUGCGAAGACCAAGGACGGCGUGCGAGAGGUGUUUGAGAUGGCUACCAGAGCAGCGCUGCAGGUCCGCAAGCGCAAGAAGAGGGGAGGCUGCCAGCUACUGUAAAGGGAUGGAGUUUGAUGGCCAGUCAGCCCCUUACACUUGGAGAAACCUUAAAUCAGUUGCUUCCGUGGACUAUACAUACUUCACAGAUGCAGAUAUGCCACCGAAGAAUAUGAAAGACUGACACACCUGUUUAAAAGCAAAACAAAUCAGCCUCUUUUUUUUCUCUUUUUCUUUUAAAGAAACCUCUGCUACUCACACUGUCAGUUUUCUUUCUGAUCAUUUGGUGUUUUGUUUUCCUUCACCAGCUUGUUUGUGUUAUGGGCCUGUCCCCUUCCUUCGAUAUGAAUGUAUGUUUGUAUUUAUAUGUGCAUAUUCCUUACAAAUAUAUCAUGCGUCUGCCUCUGUGUUAUUGUUUACAGAGAAGGGUCUUGAAGCUCACAUAUGCCCACAGGCUGCCUUGCUGUCACGGCUGCAAGUUGCAGACGGUUUUAAAUUUGCUUAAAGUAGUAUGGAACCCCUGCUCCUCUUGAACCAACAUGUAUCACUCAAUCUUCUGCAGUUGCCAUCAGUCUAUUUCACUAUCAAUUUUACACCCUUAAUAUUCAAAGUGCUGAAUCAGCAGAGCCCUGUUUUCCCCUUUUUCCUCUGACACAAAAUGACUAAAUUUAGAGUUUCGCACUGCUUUAAUCCACUGAAACCUACAUAAACUGAAGCAGCAGCAAUCAUUUGUGUGGAGAGGUUUUGGACUUCACCUCACUCAGCCUCUCUUCCAUGGCGAUAGCUUAAACUGGCACUGGAGACAGUCAUCUAUUGUCAUGGUCACAAUACGCUCAGUCAUGCUCGCACUGGCUCUCACAGACUUGCCUCUGCCAUGACGUCACCCAACUCCUUCCCCAAACAAGCCUGCUGUCUGAACUCUGUUUUGUUGAUUCAGAUCCAGUAGGCAGUCAAUACGCAUCACUAAGUCCUGCAUUACCUGAGGACAAGUGCACACUGUAAUCUACAGGUUCGUGAAACUCCAUUGCACACUAUACAGCCGUAUUGAUAUUCAGAUUAAAGACCCAUUCUCUUUGUACAAGUUUUAAUAAAAUCCAACAGCUUAACUGACAACUCAGAUCUUGUUUUUAACAAUGUGCCGUCACCUCAGUUUGACUCGCCAGAUCAGCAGCUCCAUUGACAGAUUCAGAAUGGGGCUUUGUGAGGUGUUAAAGGUCUUUAUUUGACACGACACAUGACAUUCCUUGAGGUGAGAUUGGAAAAAAUGAGUGCAGUAUCCACUGUCCAGUCAAAAGUUUCCUCGAGUAGCCCUUAAAUAACAUUUUAAUGGGGCCAACUGAUAAACGGUGUGUAUGUAUGGGAACAAUGAUUCUGCAUCAAGGCCUAAAGCUAAAAUAUUUUUUAGUAAUUUUUUUUUUUUUUUUAAGAUACUGGUGUGUUAUAAAGGUUGUUCAGUGGAAAUUUACACAAGAAUUUGCAACAGAACUGGCAUAAAAAGCCCCAAUAGUCAGCUUUCUCAGUGGCUGCAACCUCAAUUUAAACUUCAAUAUUUUUCGGCAGGUGCGUGUUCUCGUUGCUGACAGAAUCUUUAGUCCACGCUUUGACACAGUCACUGUGUCUUCUGUGUUAUGGCUUGAAAAAAAAAGAUUCAUUACACAUCAGGUCCUGUCAUGAAAGAGCCCUGAACACACUGUAUCGAAGUGUGUUUAAUGGUCUCCACAGCAAUCGUAAACACCAUCAUAAGCAACUGUGGUGAUCUUUCUUUUUUUUCUACUACAUAGAGAUCAAAGUUUGGGCUUGGGCUAUUUCCUGGACAGUGCCUUUAUGUCUGUAAUGUCAAACACCAUAAUUCAAGAGAAAAUGUUGAUUGUGAUGAUGCUUUACAAACGGGAGUGGGAUGUGUUGAAUGUCUGGAUGAGACAAACGUCAAUAAAGUAUUUUUGAAAUACUACGUGAUCCUAA